UUUGCCAAUUCUUUAUUGACAGCUCUUGUUAUUUUUCUAUCGGACUGCAAGGGCCGCUGUUGGUCUUCAAAACACAUGUGAAGCUUUUGAACUGCAGCUACACUCCCAGUAUUCCUCUUGUAUCGCGGAGAGCAGGACACUCGGUCUUCAUUUUUACCAAUGUUAUUUAUACUAAUGUAUUUCUUGUCAGACUGUGGAUUAUAAACACAUCUCCAGAAGGACGAUACGGGGUAUUAAGUCGGCUUUUUGCAACAUAAUUUUAUGUGGAGUAGGGUGGAUUGCUUCGGGAAUAUGCCUUUUAUCAGCAGUGAAUCCACCGUUACAUGGCAAGUACUGGCCUUCAUCCUUGUUUUUCUCAUUGACGCGACUGUCUGUCAGAUCCGCUACUCUGUCCCGGAGGAGAUGAGAAAGGGAUCCUUUGUAGGAAAUGUGGCUGAAGAUUUAGGUAUCGACGCUAAAAGACUGAUUUCAGGCGGUGCACGAAUUGUUAGCAGCGAUAGCAGCGAGUAUAUUAGGCUCGAUACAGACAAAGGGAUUCUUGUCGUGGGAGAAAGAAUAGAUAGAGAGCAGCUCUGUGGGCAGACAGCGCCCUGUAGCUUGAAUUUCGAAAUAAUUAUGAUGAACCCAAUGCAACUACAUAGCGUUGUAGUAGAAGUGUUGGAUGUAAAUGAUAAUUCACCCGUGUUUCAUGAGAAAGAAGUGCAUGUAGAAAUACUAGAAUCUGCUCUUGCAGGAACCGAAAUAUUACAAGAGAGUGCCACAGACCCUGAUGUUGGCAUCAACGCUUUACACGGCUAUACCUUACACCCAACAACACAUUUCAAUAUUAAGGUCUUGUCCAGCCCAAAUGGCCAUAAAUAUGCACAGUUGUAUCUUUCUAAUGCUUUAGACCGCGAGAAACAGGAAAAUAUGCUUCUUACGCUAACUGCUGUGGACGGCGGUGAACCACAAAGAUCAGGGACACUAAAAAUACAUGUAACUGUCCGAGACACAAAUGACAAUGCUCCAGUUUUUACGCAGUCAAAUUUCAAGGCGUCUGUUAAAGAAAAUGUCCCAAAAGGAACCUUAGUGGUGAGCUUAAGCGCAAAGGAUGCAGAUGAAGGGAUGAAUGGCCGUGUCACAUACCACUUUAAUCGCAUGUCUAGUAAUAUUGCUGGACUAUUUCAUCUCGAUGAAAACAGCGGCGAUUUAACUGUAAACGGCAUGAUUGAUUAUGAAGAGAAUAAAAUAUAUGAGAUUGGUGUGCAGGCAAAAGAUCAAGGUGGACAAAGCACAUCAACAAAUGUAAUAAUUGAGGUAACGGAUGUAAAUGACAACGCACCUGUAAUAACACUGACCUCGUUUUCUAGUGCCAUCCCUGAGGAUUCUCCCAGUGGGACCACUGUUGCUAUCAUCAACGUUAAAGAUCUAGAUUCGGGCAAAAAUGGAAAAGUCGAUUGUUCAGUAAACGGCAGUAUCCCCUUUGCAAUCCACUCCUCUCUGAAGAAUUAUUAUACUCUGGUAACAAACGGUGUUCUUGACAGAGAACGUAAUCCUGAAUACAAUAUUACUUUCACGGCUGUGGAUGAAGGUAGCCCACCACUCUCCACUGACAAGACAAUAACACUUCGUGUAUCUGACGUCAAUGACAAUGCCCCCUUGUUUGAACGGAGUUAUUAUGAAGCUGAUAUCAUCGAGAAUAACCCCACAGGAUUAUCUGUUUUUUCCGUGAAAGCACGCGACUCUGACUCUGGCCAAAACGCACGAGUGUCUUACCUGCUUAUUGAUACUCAGUUAAAUGGUAACCCCAUAUCCUCUUACAUAUCUGUUAACGCAGAAAGUGGAGUUAUACAGGCAGUUCGGUCAUUUGACUAUGAGCAAAUAAAAGCUCUAAAUAUUUUUGUGAAAGGGCAGGAUGGGGGUUCCCCGCCUUUAAGCAGCAAUACCACAGUUAAAUUAAAUAUUCAAGAUCAGAAUGAUAACCCUCCUCAGGUUCUGUACCCAUCUGGUAACCCAUGA